CCCCCGCUGUCUGUGUCUCGUUUCUCCAGAAAAUGGCGCUGUGUUUACGUCUGUGUGUCUCCCAUCUGCUUAGUUUUGAAUGUUUAGACUUUUGAUGCAUUUAACUAACUGGUAGGAUAAUUUGCGUUGUCUACCCGAUCUAUCUGCGAAAACAAACUGACAUUUGGAUUAAGUGAAGGAAGUUUAUGAUGAACUCCACCAAAGGAGUGAAGCAGAGACCAGGCUUUGUGGAAUUCAGCUCCGACUACACCGAUUCGCCCAAGCAUAGUAGCAACAACAAGAUGAUGCAGGCUGCAGAGGCUACAACAGACUCCUCACUGAGAGAGGGAAUAGAGGUGCUCGGAGUGGGGGACACUGAGAAAACCACUGGUAGGGAAGAGGAAGGUGACAAAGACGGGACAGAUGUGGCAGCUGCAAAAGCAGAGGAGACCAAAUCAGAGGAUGCAAAAGAUGGAGACAAAAGUGGAGAUGCGAUGGAAGGAGAGGGGCAGAAGGGGGAGAUGGAAGCAGACAGCAAGAUGGAGGGAGGCGAUCGAAAGCAGGUGGAGCGAGAGUGGGAAAUCACCUAUAGCGAUGAUGAAAUCGAGGACCCCAAAAACUGGAUGCCCCCUCCCGACGAAAUCAAAAGACUGUAUGAGCUCCUUUCAAAAGGGGAGAAGCUGGAACUGAACUUUGUGCCCCUUCCUCGAAGACCGCCUACACCUGAGAGGACCCCCUCGCCCGAGAGGGAUGAUGAGGACGAGGCGGCAAAAGAGAGGGAGAGGGAGGAUAGAGAGCGCAAGGCCCCAUCUCCCACAGAGUUUGAUUUUGAUGAAGAACAGAUACAACAAACUCCAAAAAAUGCUUUCAUCAACCGACGCAGGACACCAGGGUCCUCGGCUCGGUCCUCUGUCAAACGGGAGGCUAGGUUGGACAAGGUACUGUCAGACAUGAAACGCCACCGCAAAAUUGAGGAACACAUUCUCCGGACUGGACGAGACCUCUUCAAGAGCGAGAAGAGCAGCCGGGCCGGGCCCGAGGAGGCACUCUCUCCCAACAGUCAAAAAGAGCGAGAAAAGGAGAGGGAGAGAGACAGCGACCCCAGCAAAAUCUUCUCGCCAAGACAAAGGCGAUACUGAGACGGGGAAAAACUGCAGGCCAAGAGCAUCGACGCUUGAUUUUUUUUAAAUGCCAUUACCAAUUUUGUAUGAUUGUGCGUUUUGUAUCCUUGUAAUAAACAUUACUCUUUUUUUUGUUUUUAUA